AUGAAAAAUGAAUUAAGAAUUUUAUUUAAACAAAUACGAAAAGAUAUUAAAAUAUAACCAGAAUUAUAUGUUGAAUAACUAUAAAAGAUUAUCUCCACAGAUUCAUCUAUUUCAAUAUAUUACCCUUUAGCCAAUGAAUUAAAUAUUUUGAGUAUUCUGCCUUUUUUAAGUAAAAAUAAAAUUUUAUUGCCAAUUUUACAACAGGAAACAGAGCCUUUAUUAUUUUCAAAGUUCAUAAUAAAUUAAACCAAAUUAUAAAUGAAUAAAUUUAAAAUAUUUGAACCAAUUGAAUAAGAAUAUGAAAUCCCUUAGUUUUGUAUUGUAAAACCAUAAAAUAAUUAAGGUACCUUUAUUAUGUUUUGAUCCUCUAAAUAAACAUCGAAUUGGUUAUGGAGGAGGAUUUUAUGACAGAACCAUAGCUCAUUAUAGAUCUUAAAACCAUAACACUAAAUUUAUAGGAUUUGGCCAUGAAUUGCUAAAAGUUAAAAAUAUUCCUUACAAUAUUAAUGACUAAUAAUUAGAUUUUAUUAUAACUGAUUAAUAUGUAUAUCAUUGA